AUGAUAGGUAUUGUCUUUACAAUCAUUUUUUCUAUACGACGAGGAAUUCAUCAUCUAUUUUUUAAUAUGAAUAAUAUUUGUCCCAUUGUUAUAAGUGGUCCCUCUGGUGGAGGUAAAUCAACAAUUUUAACAAGAGCAAUGAAAGAAUAUCCAGAUAUGUUUGGAUUUUCUGUUUCAAAUACAACUCGUCAACCGCGUGAAGGUGAACAAAACGGUGUACAUUACUGGUUUACCUCUAAAUACGAGAUGGAGGAAAUGAUAAAGAACAAUGAAUUUAUAGAAUAUGCCACAUUUGGAUCUAAUAUUUAUGGAACAUCAAAAAAAGCAGUUGAGACAGUAAUUAAGACAGGUAAAAUAUGUAUCUUAGAUUUGGAACUUCAGGGUGUUCGUAGUAUAAAAAAUGCUAAUUUUAAGGCAAAAUUUAUAUUAAUAAAAGCACCAACUAUUGAAGAACUUGAAAAAAGACUUCGUGCCAGAAAUACAGAGACAGAAGAAAGUUUACAACUUAGGUUAAAACAUGCUAAAGAAGAUAUGGAGGUAGUUGAUAAUGAACCUCACCUUUUUGAUCAUAUUAUUGUUAAUGAUGAUUUUGAAAAUGCUUAUAAUAAAUUUAUGGAAUGUAUUAAAGAUGAAAUAAAACAAUUACAGUCAAGACAUACAGCUUAA